CUCUCUCUCUCCGAAUAAAACCGACGCUUUCCGUGAAUGUGCGAGCUGCCUCCUCGCCAGCAGCCAUAAUUGGGGAUAAUUCAGGAAUAAAAAAAAUCGCCUGAUCCUGCCGGGUUGUUGUUUUUCCUUUUUCCUUUUUCCAUCCCCCCCUCUCUCUUCAUUUGAUUGUGAUUUUUCUUUUUUUUCCCACAAUGUGGAUUUGCUCGUGACAUCGUCGGAAUCGCUCCCCCCUUAUAAUAACAAUAAUUAUUAUAGGAUGUGUGUGUUGGGUGGCGGAGGUUUCUGUCGUGGUCCACCUUCCAGCGGGCAGCGAGACAAAGACCGCGCACAUCCCGGGUGGAGGGUGAGCGCAUCGGCCUGCUAGUGGCCGGACGAUGGGAAACACAGACGCGUCGAGGCUGCUUCUGUCUGUGCGGAACAAUUCUUCUUCUCCCUGCUCAACAACACGUCUUCUUCCUCCUCUCCGUCGUCGGUGGGUGGGUUGUUAUCAGCAUUGAAAAUCUGACAUCAUUUGGAUUCAUGAACUGAGCCUGAGACAUUUGUGGAGGUUUUUUUUUUAGUUUUUUUCCCCCUCCUCUCUCCUCCUCUUCUCUGGAAAAACCGUCCUCGACGUGAUGCAACAUAAAACCCUCGGAUGAUAUUCAGACACUGGGCAGAUGAACACAUCCCUCUCCCAGUAACAGGGAGGCAGAGGAUGUAUUUUUCUCUCUCCUCCUCCUCCUCCUCCUCCUCCUCCUCCUCCUCCAGCAGCAGCAGCACGGUCCUCAUCCCGCUGUUGAUUAUCACAUCGUCUUGUGUUUAUUCCAAUGCGAUGGAUUUGUGCAUAACAGGUGUCGUUAGAGCCUGAGGAGCAUGAGGCGUUAUUGUGUGUUUUAAUCUCCUCGCGACCGAAACACAGCGACUGGGAUCGUUUUUCUAUUUUUUUACUGUUAUUGUGUCAUUCUGUUGUUUUUGAGAAGAUCUGGAGAGAAGAAUGAUGCUAUGAAAAGGUGGCGUGCUUGUGGACAAAGAGGAAAGAUGAGUCUGUCAGGUAGAACAGAUCCUCGCAGCCUCUCCUUGUAGAGACGAGAGAGCCGCGGGAGACGACGGCUGUAGGGGGAUCAGUAGUGUUUGUGAAGGGCCGAACGAGGCAGGCUCCUGUGGAAGGUGAAAGAAUGGCUAACCAGAGCUUUGCCAUCGACGGCCCUGGCAGUUUGCUGGCUGUGCUGGCGUCACAGAGUGGACUGGCAAGAGGCGGCAGCAGCAGCAGCAGCAGCAGUGACGGCAGCGGCAGCGGAGGGGUCUCUGCCACAGAUAUGUCUGCCUACUUUAAGCUGGUCUUCUUGGGUUUGAUCAUCUGUGUCAGCCUGGUAGGAAACCUCUUGGUGUCCCUGCUGGUCCUACGAGACAGGACACUUCACAAGGCCCCUUACUUCUUUCUCCUGGACUUGUGCCUGGCCGAUGCAGUCCGCUCAGCUGCCUGCUUCCCCUUUGUGCUGGUGUCCGUCCACAACAGCUCGACCUGGACUUACAGCGCCUUGAGCUGUAAAGUUGUGGCUUUUAUGGCUGUGCUGUUUUGUUUUCACGCUGCCUUCAUGCUGUUUUGUGUGGCUGUCACCCGCUACCUUGCCAUCGCCCACCACCGAUUCUACGCCAAGCGCAUGACCAUCUGGACCUGCGCUGCCAUCAUUUGCAUGGUGUGGACACUGGCCGUUGCCAUGGCGUUCCCACCUGUCUUUGAUGUUGGGACAUACAAGUUCAUCCGUGACGAGGACCAGUGUAUUUUUGAACACCGCUACCUGAAGACCAACGACACCCUGGGCUUCAUGCUCAUGCUGGCUGUGGUGGUCCUGGCCACCCACGGCUUCUACGCCAAGCUGCUGCUGUUUGAGUACCGGCACCGCAAGAUGAAACCCGUCCAGCUCGUGCCCGCCAUCAGCCAGAACUGGACCUUCCACGGUCCCGGGGCCACAGGUCAAGCUGCAGCUAACUGGAUUGCCGGGUUCGGUCGUGGCCCCAUGCCACCCACUCUGUUGGGCAUCAGGCAAAAUUUACACAAUCAACACCGGCGGCUGCUCGGGAUGGAAGAGGUGAGGUCAGAACGGAGGCUGGGCAGGAUGUUCUACACCAUCACCCUGCUCUUCCUGGUCCUCUGGGCUCCCUACAUUGUGGCUUGUUUCUGGAGGGUGUUCGUCAAGUCCUGCACCAUCCCUCAGAGGUACCUGUCCAUCACGGUGUGGAUGAGCUUCGCCCAGGCCGGAGUCAACCCCAUCUUCUGCCUCCUGCUCAACGAGGACCUGAGGAAAGUGCUGCGAGCUCACCUGCCCACCUACUGGAGGACUAAACAACACCUGCCCCAGGACGAGGCCUACUGCAUCAUGUGAUAGGAUGUGAGCUCUGCGAGGUGAAUGUUUCAGGUUUCAAAGGGAAACGAGGCGAGCAGAAGUGAUGUAAUGCACCUUGGUUACGUAUUAAGUGUCUGUUUUGUUGUUUUGCACAACAAAAUCCCAAAUUUUGCCAAUAAACGGAGGCACAGUGCCACUUGAUGAAGAAUGUUGAUGUUUGAAUAAAUGUGUGGUUGCAAGGUUUGAAGCAGCGAGAGAA